AUGAAAAGUGAGCAAGUAAAGUUAAAAGUUGUUCAUGCUGAGGAAAAUGCAAAACUAGUUUCCCAAAUUGCUGACUUACAAGCGGAAAAGGCGCGACAAGAGGCAAGACAUCUUAAAGAAGUGGCCGAUCUUGAACAUCGUAUGUACCAAACUAUGCUGAACGACAAUGAAAAUCAAGCUGAUCUGCUUGCAACUAAACACGACAGUAAAGCGUACAUACAGCAGUGGCUGGAUCAGACUGACUUAAAACACACAAGUCAUUUUAACCCUCAUGCAAAGCCAUUCUACCAAGAACCCAUGACACAACAACUACCACAGUCAAGACUUGAACAAGUGCACAUGAAACAGCAGUCUAUUGAUUUGUGGAUAGACGAAUUAAUCAUCGGACAAGAAACCACACCAGUGUUCCUGGAUGCACAUGAGAAUUUGUCACAUACACUGAUAAAACUUGAAAGUGAACGUGAUCUACCAAAGAUCGUCUUGCCAGUGUUUAAUGGUGAAGCUCUUACCUGGCCACGAUUUGUUGAGCAAUUUUACGUGCAGAUACACUGCAGGCCUGCCAUUACAGACACCAGACGCAUGGACAUACUUCAAUCGCAUGUUGAUGGUGAAGCCAAACGACUUAUUCAAGGACUUGGUUACAGUGGAAGAAACUAUGCUUUGGCACUCAAGGAGCUGAAAGCUUCAUUCGGUCAUCGAAUAAAAGUAUGCAGAGCUUUCAUUGAUAGCGUGGCCUCAGGAGCACAAGUACCUAGUCAUGAUCCAUCUGCAUUGCGUAGACUCUAUGUUGCUGUUCGUGACUGUAUUGCGACAUUGCAGCAACUGAAUUACCUGUCUGACCUUAACAGCUCUGACAUUGUGUUGAAAGUUUCAAGGCGCCUUCCCAUCGACAAAGUAACCCGGUGGAAUGAGUUCGUUAGAAACAUUGUUUCUUUCAGAGACCCGAACCUCACUGAUCUGCAGAACUGGUUGAGAGAUCGUGUUGAAGCAGACUUCAACCCAUAUGCCAUCCCGAUUUUGAGUGAGCCAUCACGUGAAGACACCAACAAACGUCGCAAGAACGACACACGGCACACCAAGCCUCAAGAGAAGCGGAUUGUCAGAAAGCAAUCAACAAAGCCACCUACAAUCAUUGACAAUGUAGAUACAACACCAAAACAGGCAAAAGCGCCAUGUGCAUUGUGUGCUAGUGAUCUUGAUGCACGGAGAAUCCAUUUGAAAGAAGCUUGGGCAGUUGAUACUAAUGCCUUUGAUUGCCUUCCUCAGCGCAUCAGUGAUGAAUGGGAACACCUCAAAGACUUGCAAUUGCCUGAUAUUGAACCCACCCAGGUCAACAUGUUGAUUGGUGUUGAUGUCCCUGAAGCACACCUUCAACUUGACAUGAUCCGAGGACUUGAAAAUCAACCCGUUGCAGUCAAAACCCUGCUGGGGUGGACAGUCAUGGGAAUAGCCCACAGUGAUGAUGAACUGUAUCAUGAAACUCAAGCUAGAAUUAACCUCACAAUUGCUCGUGAUCAACAUUUGAGUGAUCAGCUUGAAGACUUCUGGAAAACAGAAUCUUUUGGGAUUUCACACAACAAGACAAAGCCCUAUUCAACUGAAGAUGAAAAGGCACAAUACAUCCUUGAAAGAACGACUCAACUAAUUGAAGGACACUAUCAAAUUGGCAUGCUGUGGCGUGAUAAAUCACCAUUGCCAAACAACUUGAAAGCAGCUCAAAGAAGACUCAAAAUCUUAACCAAGCGCAUUGUGAGAGACCCUGAAUUUGGUGUUCUUUAUAGCAAAACUCUCAACGAUUAUGUGUCAAAGGAUCAAGCAGAGAAACUCUUGGCUCAAGAAAUUGACAAUUCAUCAUGUCGGACCUGGUACUUACCUCAUCACGGUGUGAUGAAUCCUAAUAAGCCAGGGAAGGUGAGAGUUGUGUUCGACGCUGCGACUUCAUACUUGGGCACAUCUCUGAAUGACAAAUUAAUGACUGGUCCUGAUCUCGUCAACAGUUUGUUUGGCAUCCUUCAGCGAUUCAGACUUUUUGAAGUUGCGAUAGCUGCUGAUAUAGAAGGUAUGUACCAUCAAGUGGGGGUCCCUAAGGAGGACUCUGAAGCACUCAGAUUUCUAUGGAAAUCAGAUCUCAAGACUCCUGGUCCUCAGGAUGAGUACAGGAUGAAAGUACAUGUGUUUGGAGCAGCUGACUCAUCCUCUUGUGCAAACUACGCUGUGAAACGCACAGCUAAGGACAAUGCUGACCUAUUUGAACAGUCAGUGAUUGAUACAGCCCUCAAUGAUUUCUAUGUUGAUGAUCUUUUGAAAUCAGUUGAGACUACUGCAGUGCAUCUGAUCCAAGACAUUACAUACUUCAUGAAAAUGGGUGGAUUUCACCUCCACAAGUGGAUUUCGAAUUCAGAAGUUGUGAUGAAAUCAAUCCCUGAAAGUGAAAGAGCUGUUAGCUCAAAGAAUCUUGAUCUUAAUGAAAUAUCCACUAUCAGAGCCCUUGGACUAAAAUGGAAUAUUGUCUCGGACACUUUUGUGUUUGAUCCAAGAAUUCACAACAGUGCCAGAACAAAGAGAGGUGUGAUAAGCAUGGUGAGCUCCAUCUUUGAUCCUUGUGGGUAUUUGGCUCCAUACACAGUUCGCGCAAAGUGUCUCAUACAAGACUUAUGGAAGCUAGGUCUUGAUUGGGAUGAUGACUUGCCACUAGAAAUUCAAUCAAGAUGGAAUGGCUGGCUGGAAGAAAUUCAAGACUUGUCAUCAUUCAACCUGUGCAGGCAUCAUCAGGGCUUUUCAUCACAAUCCAGUCUCAUUGAAGUUCAUCAGUUCGCGGAUGCCUCCGAGAAAAGCUUUGGAGCAUGUGCAUACAUGCGUUACAAAUCUUACUCUGACCAGGAUGAAGUGACUUGUUCAUUCCUGGCUGCAAAGACGCGUGUGUCCCCCCUUAAGCCUGCAUUGACAAUUCCAAGGCUGGAACUGCAAGGUGCUGUAUUAGCGGUUAGACUUUGGCUUUCUCUCAAAGAAGAAUUGAUUGUCCCUGUCCAGAGAAUUCAGUUUUGGACUGACUCAAAUACAGUGUUACAAUAUUUGAACAAUUCCAACAAGCGAUUCAAGCCUUUCGUCGCUAACAGGAUAGCAGAAAUCCACGAUUCCACAAAACCUCAACAAUGGCGUCAUGUCCCAUCAGAUAUCAAUCCGGCUGAUCACUGUACUCGCGGACUUCAAGCAAAACAGCACACAGAAACACAUCCAUGGCUACGGGGUCCAGAGUUCUUAUGGAAAAGUGAGGACACAUGGCCAAAACUGUCAAACCCUGUUGAUAUGCUCAGUGAUGAUCUUGAAGUGAAGAAGAGUAUGUUCAAGACCACUAGAAAUGCAUCAUCUGAAAUCAAUCUGAAUCAAAGACAUUUGACUCAACCACAAAUCACAAAUUUGUUGAAUCCAGCUGACUAUUCUACAUGGCAAAGACUGUGUCGCAUUUCAGCUUGGGUUCUCAGAGCAGCCAGAAACUUUCUGUCGAAACUCAGGCAUCUUGACCUCAAACCUGUAACAGAUGAAAGUCUGACAGUGAGUGAAUGUGAGGAAGCGUUGCUAGCCUGGGUUCAAGAAGCACAAAAGGAUGCAUUUCAAGAUGAGAUUUAUUGUGCUCAAUCCGGAAACGAAAUAUCUCCAAAAUCAUCUCUGAUAACACUAUCACCAUUCUAUGAUGGACGACAUCUCAGAGUGGGAGGACGACUUCGAAAAGCUACUAUUCCAAGAGAAGCGAAGUAUCAACUCCUCCUUCCAGAUUAUCACCCAAUCACACAGCUACUGAUGAAUAAAACUCACAAGGAAAAUGCUCACUGUGGUACUGAACUCAUUAUAGCUACAGUAAGACAGCGAUUCUGGCCUCUUCAUGCAAGAAAGUUAGCAAAGCGUGCUGUCAGAAGUUGUCAAGAGUGUAGGAAGCGUUCCGUGAAUCCAGUUGCACCCAAGAUGGCAGACCUUCCAUCAUGUCGUGUAAGCCUUACAGAUGGAGUAUUCUCUCAUACUGGAGUGGACUACUUUGGCCCGAUUGUGGUAAAGUUCAAGCGAAGCACAAUGAAAAGGUGGGGAUGUUUGUUUACUUGUCUGUCUGUAAGGGCAGUACACAUUGAGCUUGCUGAUUCAUUGGAAACAGAUGAUUUUCUUCUCGCCCUCAGAAACUUUAUCGGGCGUCGUGGAAACCCUCAACAUUUGUAUAGCGAUAACGGUACAAACUUUCAUGGAGCAGACAACGAACUCCGUCAGUGCCUUCACAAUCUCAAACAAGCCAAAAUCAGUGACUUCCUGUGUGUGCGAGGUAUUCAGUGGCACUUUAAUCCACCGCUUAGUCCGCACUUUGGUGGUGCAUGGGAACGACUGGUGAGAUCUGUAAAAACAGCCUUAACUUGUGUUUUGAAAGGAACCCUUGUUCAUGAAUCUGUGCUUCGCACAUCUCUGAUUGAAGUCGAAGCAAUGCUGAAUAGUCGACCUUUGACUUACAACAGUGCAAACCCAAACGACUUCACCGCCUUGACACCGAACCAUUUUUUGCUCGGCAGAUCUAACCCAUUCCAACCAGUUGAUGUGUUCCAGGACAAAGAGAUGUGCAGCAGAAAAAGAUGGCGCCAAGCCCAAGUCCUUGCAGAUCAUCUGAAUCGCCGAUGGAUGAGAGAGUACUUACCUAACUUGACAGUAAGGCAUCGCUGGAGAGUUGGUGGUUGCAGAAUAUCGGUCGGUGAUCUUGUUCUGAUAGUUGAUGACUACAAACCCAGAGGUCAGUGGGAAAUGGGAAGAAUAAUUGACAUUCUGCCUGGUGAUGAUGGUGAAGUGAGAGCUGUGAGAGUGAAAACUCCCAAGGGUGAAUACACAAGACCUGCUGUGAAAGUGUGUGUUCUUGAAUAG